ACGCCACAGUUCAGUGUUCACUGUUCAGCAACAGCAAGUGAAAUGUUUACAGUGUGAUUUGCUAUGGCGGUACCGAUUUUAAAGUGGAAGCGGAUUACAAAUCCGUCGGGCCCUCAACCGCGACCAAGACAUGGUCAUCGCGCUGUGUCAAUAAAAGAUUUAAUGGUCGUAUUUGGAGGUGGCAAUGAAGGAAUCGUCGACGAACUUCAUGUUUAUAACACAGCUACCAACCAAUGGUUUAUUCCUACCAUGAAGGGGGACAUUCCCCCUGGGUGUGCAGCCUAUGGAUUUGUUGUCGACAACACACGAAUACUUGUAUUUGGAGGAAUGGUAGAAUAUGGAAAAUAUUCCAAUGAGCUUUACGAAUUGCAGGCUAGUCGAUGGGAAUGGAAAAGGUUGAGGCCCAGACCCCCGCGUCACGGACCUCCCCCUUGUCCUAGGCUUGGCCACAGUUUUACUCUGAUUGGAAACAAAGUUUACCUAUUUGGUGGCUUGGCCAAUGACAGUGAUGACCCUAAAAAUAAUAUCCCUCGUUACCUGAAUGACUUGUACACACUGGAAUUGAAGCAGAACAACUCGACCGCUUGGGAAAUUCCGCAGACAUAUGGCACGUCACCUCCACCAAGAGAGUCUCACACAGCUUGCGCCUACACGGAUAGCGAGGGCCACUCAAAGCUCAUCGUCUAUGGCGGAAUGAGUGGAUGUCGACUUGGCGAUCUCUGGGUUCUCGACAUUGAAACAAUGAAUUGGAGCAGACCGACAGUUUUUGGCAAAUCGCCUCUACCACGCUCGCUUCAUACAGCCACUGUCAUCGGCAGUCGAAUGUACGUGUUUGGAGGAUGGGUGCCUCUCGUUCUUGAUGAUGUUAAAGUUGCAACUCAUGAGAAAGAAUGGAAAUGUACUAACCAGCUCGCCAGCUUAAAUCUCGAAUCGAUGUGGUGGGAGGAACUAAUAAUGGAAACAGCAGAAGAAAAUAUUCCCCGGGCCAGAGCGGGCCAUUGCGCCGUGGGCGUGCAUUGCCGAGUCUAUGUGUGGUCUGGUCGAGAUGGCUACAGGAAAGCUUGGAACAACCAGGUCUGCUGCAAAGAUCUUUGGUACUUGGAAGUGGAGAAGCCGGGGGUAACGGGCAGAGUACAGCUGGUGCGAGCUUCGACCAACUCUCUGGAGGUAUGCUGGGCCGGAGUGCCUACAGCUGAGUCAUACAUCCUGCAGAUUCAAAAGUAUGACGUGCCUUCCGCUCUCAGCAUCUCGCCGCUAUUGCCGUCGUCCACCAAUGCGCCACUCCCGGCUCCUCCUUUCGCUCCUGCUUCCUCGCUGCACCAGAUAAUGCAGACAGCGAAUGAACUGGGACAGCUGUCUCCAGCUGCUCUCCCCGAUCCCCUAUCUCCGGCUCCAGCUGCAGCUGCCCCUACCGCGCAAGCGCACAAUAAUCCUCACAAUUCGCCCUCACAGAUUGACUCAGGAGAGAACAUAAAAGCGGUAACCACAAUAACCUUGACUGGCACCACAACCACCACUGCCGCCAACGUAUCCAGCAUGGUGUCCAACAUAGCUCAGAGCCAAGGAGCAAGCCAGUCUGCUAGUGGCAUGUCAGGCAUCCACGCUUUGGCGGCAGCCGCCUCGGCCAAACUCAAGAUUGGAACCACUCAGUCAUCAAUGAAGAUAGUCACUCCGAAAUGUACCCUCAACCAGCCCAUAACAAUCAUUCAGCCAGGCGUAUCACAGGGAGUUCGGUUGGCUGCCCCUGGUACAACUAUGUUGAAAGCGGCCAAUCCACAAGCUGGCAAACAGAUAAUUGUUCAGAAGCCUGGCUCUCCGCAAAUAGUGACGCUUGUAAAAACAAGCCAGGGAAUGACUGUUGCUACUGUGCCAAAAGUCAGUCUUAUUCAAGGUAAAUCUGGCCAACCCAUACAAUCUGGAAGCAAGGGUAUUCCUCAAGGUGCGACCAUUGUCAAAUUAGUCAGUGCCCAAGGAGGUCAAGGUGGGCAAAAAAUGCUGACUACAAUGAAGAAUGUAGUACAACCCUCGAACGUGGUAACCGUUAAUAAAACAGCAAUGAGUGGGACUUGCGGUGGUAAACAACAGACCAUAGUGAUCACUAAGCCUGGAGUGGGAAGGCCGAAUCAGCAAAUUAUUGUUGUGACUACUGCAUCGGGCCUGCGAACCGUGCAAGCUCUUACUACUUCUCAAGCCUCUACACAAGGAGGUACUCAGACGUCAACAGUGUCUAUGCUAGGAGGCAGUGUCCAGUCAGCUGGGAGUGCUAGUGCCACUGGAGCAGGUAACUCAUCAGCAAUGCGUAUGAUGAUGGUGUCUUCGGCAGGAGGGUCUUCUUCAUCAAUUGGCAAACCGAUCACUAUCACGGUUCCGGGGGCUGGCAGUGGAGGUAUGCCCAAGACCGUUACAAUAACUGGUAAAACCGCCGGUGGAUCUCAACUGUUGCCUCAAACACAGGCAAUAACAAUCGGUGGUAAACCAGUUACUGUUCAAAUGAUGGCUGGUCCGAAAAGUGUUACCCUAAUGCCUCAAAACCAAUCCAACCCAUCGGGUAACACAUUCCUGUCGUCAUUAGGCAAGGUACUCAACUCAACCGGCUCAGAGGGCUCCUCCAAGGCUGUUAUGAUGAAUAAAGGUGCAGUCAACACAACUAUCAAAAUUGAAAAUACUGGAGACAACGCCUUGGAGCAAGCACCAUCCACUAAUGACGGUGAAGGUGCAUCUGAAUCCAACUUGAUGCAGCUCAAGACGGAAUCAGGUACUUGAAUUUUUCCUUUUGAU